AUGCAGCUCACAACCUUCUCGGUCUUCAUCGCCGCCAUGGCUUUGAUCGCACCAUCUCUCGCACAAGAAGUCACCUCUACAAGCGCAACAGAAACCUCGAUGUGCAACUACCCAGGUUGCGGCACUGCUCAGAGAGCUACCGAAACUACGACCACAGAAACGGGCACCAAUCUGUGCAACUCUCCCGGCUGCGGUACCGCUCAAAGAGCCACUGAAACUUCAACAACCUCGACUGGCACUCAGCCAUGCAACACCCCUGGCUGCGGUACUGCUCAGGCAGCUGCCUUCGCUCCUGCUACAGCUGUGCCCAUCGCGCAAGCUGCCUUUAUCGGAUUUGGUGCUAUCGGCGCUGCUGCUUUCUUAUAG